AUGCCAUAUGUCUUCUUAUUAUCUCCACAAUUAGAAAUUGCUUCCCAAUGGGAUGGCUACUACGAAAAGACGUUCGAGGUAUCGGAUCACGUACACAAGGAAAUAAUAUUAAAAGUUUCAGGACAAACUGUGCUGAUCACUGGCUCCGGAAGUGGAUUAGGCCGAUUGAUGGCCUUCGAGUUCGGAAAACUCGGUGCAAGAUUAGUGUUAUGGGAUAUAAACGAGCAAGGAAACAAAGAAACACUCAAAGAAUUGGAAGCGAUGGGAGUUGAGGCUAAAGCAUACACAGUGGACCUAUCGGAAUACAAAGAAAUCAAUAGAACCGCCGAUUUGGUUAAAAGUGAAGUAGGGAAAGUAGAUAUUCUCGUGAACAACGCUGGAAUUGUGACGGGAAAAAAGUUGCUGCAAUGUCCAGAUGAGCUGAUGGUCAAGACUGUUUCAGUUAACACAAAUGCUUUGUUCUUUACUACCAAAAAUUUCCUUCCCGGCAUGCUCGAGUCGAAUAAAGGGCAUAUUGUAACAAUUGCUUCAAUGGCUGGAAAGUGUGGUGUUGCUGGAUUGGUAGAUUACUGUGCAUCCAAACACGGAGCUGUUGGUUUUAAUGACUCUCUUGCGUCUGAGUUGUACGCAUUAAAAAAGGAUGUGAAGACUACUGUAGUCUGCCCAAUUUAUAUAAAUACUGGAAUGUUCGAUGGAAUUGCCACAAAAUGGCCAACACUUCUUCCAAUUCUUUCACCAGAAUAUGUUGUCGAUUGCAUAAUGGAGGCAGUUCUCACCGACAGAGCAUUCCUUGCAAUUCCAAAGUUUAGCUACAUUUUUAUUGCACUUGCAGGACUUCUUCCAACUGAAGUUCUCAACUUAUACGGGGAUCAUUUUGGAAUCACUCAUUCUAUGGAUCAUUUCAAGGGACGCCAGUCACGCCAGGCUUAAAUUUUGUUGUGUUAUUUUUUUCAUUUUUAAAAUAUUUAUUUGAUAAUGAACUAGAGAUCAUCCU